GUGCCUCAGUUGCCCUCUAAUACAUUAAUAUGGGGAUGAAGGUGCUGCUCUGUGGAAAGAGCCUUUCCAGCUGUGUACGGAAAAAAAAAGAGACCUGCUAUAUGUGAGGGUGGAAUUGUUCAUGGUGCUCAAGGAGGAUUUGCAUUGCCUGUGCUGAGCCUUAACCCUUGCAAUGCUGUCUGGAGGGAGGAGGAGAAUGUCCUAAAAGUCUGUGGGGAAGCAUCAGUGUAGCUGCUGUCUAUCGAGAAAGAUGGUUGUCUCCUUUCCAUGUCCCCUAAGUGUUGUGUAAGAGUCCUGAUUCAUUAAAUUGAAGUUACUGUCAAAUAAACAGCUGUUUCUUUUUGUCAUAGGAUAUUCACAGAGUGAAAGUGUCCUGAGCACCCCUGGGUGUGUAAGAACAACAUGUGAGGAGUGAAAGCUCCACUGGGCUUUGCUGGGAUACUGCUCUACAGGGCACAGCAGAGCACUCCAGCCCCUUCCUUCUAGUGCACAGUGCUUCUGCCUUUGAUCUGAGUUAUCUUCUCUCCACUCUUUUACUUCUUAGACCUCAGUGUUUACUAGGUGCACCUGGACAUAUACCCUUUUGGCACACCUUUCUGUUUUGCCAUUCAUUCCUUGUUCAUCCUGUGCUGGGAUUUCACAGGGUUUCCAUGGCUAUGGCAGAUGAUGCAUCAUCACUCCUGCCUAUUUUUCACCUGUUUGAAAUAAUACUCCUUGCACAAGGGGGGCACAUACCUCGAGAGCUGCUCAAAAGGAUGGCGCUGCUUCACACUGGGAAGCUGUGUGGGUACCUGAGGUCCUGCAGACAGCGACUGAUUGCAUUGUUUCUGCUGUUUCAGCUUUGCCUUUGCUCCAGGAGUGACACUGGUGGUGAGAUCAUGUGAAGGAUGGGCUGAUCAUCUUGAUCAUGUUUUUGACUCCUUCAUUGCUGCAGGGAGGCUCUGACACCUUUUCUUGGCUCAUAACAAUGUGUGUGUUUGGAUGGGGUCACAGCUGGUGUGCUGCACAGCCCUGGCCCCUGUCUCCUCCCCGUCUCCCGGGGGUACUGCUGACACGGAGCGCAGCUGGAGGGAUGGAGAUGAGCGGUCACGUAGGUGUCAGAGUGCUGAGGAUGGCAGUGGAGGGAGCCUGGUGUGACUGUGCUGGAUAAGCCGUGAACUUCUCUCUUGGUGGACCUGUGGGCUUUCUGAGACAAGAGAACUGUCCUGGCUGGGGUCUUGGUCCUGAUGACACCUUGAUAUAGCGUGGGGACAGAUCCUUUCUAUCCCAGCUCAUUUGGCACUAGCUAAUUGAGCUCCGAGGAGGUGGACGUGCCAUCAGUGGGAUGUGUGUCUGGUGCCAACCAGCUCCGCAUGGCUCCAAUGAGGCUGGGCAGGGGCAGAGAGCCCAGCCAAACAUUAUUGUUAUUACCCAUACGUAAAUACAGGCACUUAAUGACCUUGGCAUGGAGCGUUUCCUGGGAAUUAAUGGCCAGUUGGCGUUAAUGGUCCUUAGCAGCACCUCAGCCAACGGCUCCUCCCAGCCCAUCAUUAAUCCACAGGAAAUGUCUCAGGCAUCGAUCCUCAUUGCUUAAUUAAUAAACGCAACUCAUCUCCGUGGCUGAGGUUUGGAGACGCUGGCUGCUUCUUUCCCCACCGCCUGGAAGGUGCCUUUUUCAAGCAGACGUUUCUCCCACGCCUGGCUUUAUUUUGCCAGGCCUCUGCGGCUGUGUGCAGCAUGGGCUGUGAAGGCACUGUGCUGUUGGGCAGGCAGCAAGAAGCCCAACGCUGGGAUGCUGCCGGUGUCUCCAGCUUUUAUCAACAGUUGGCUUGUGCUCCAGUAUAAAUCACGUUAAUUCCUGAGGUACUUUUCCGUGGUGAGCCUGAAAUUCCCAUUUUGGUUUGCUGUCUUGCCUGGUGAACUAAAUUAUUUUCAUAGCCCCUUAAGGGCAUAUUGUCAGCCCAGACUUACUGCCAUUAUACACCAUAUCUGAAGCAUUAAUAUCUCUUCUAAAUAUAGUGUAUUGACAAGGUAUCUGCUAUAGUGUAAAUCCUUGGGACAUUUGAUCUAGAUCAUUAAAACCGAGUGAAGGAAGGGAGGAAUAGAUCAAGUUGCUUGCUGCUCUUAAUUCAAACAAGCGAUGAAUUAUUCAUUCCACUAUUAAUUCUGCAGCCCUCCUGCUUUUUAUUUAUUUCUCCCCGUAUUUAUUUUUUCCCUCCUGGACAGACAGCUCCGGAGAGAUGCUCGGGUGGUGGUGACAGCAGGAUGGGGCACAGGGCCACGGGCUGCACGUCGGUUCUGGCCCUGCUCUGCACGGUGCUCAGGGUGGCCCCGAGCGGAGGCAUCAAAUGUGGCGGGGUGCUCUCAGCACCCUCUGGCAACUUCUCCAGCCCCAAUUUCCCGGGGCCAUACCCCUACGAGACGGAGUGCACCUGGCUCAUCGUGGUGGCCGAGGGCUCCUCCGUCCUGCUCUCCUUCAGCCACUUUGAGCUGGAGUACCACGCCGCCUGCGCUUACGAUUAUCUCCAAGUCUACAACGGGGCAUCCCAGGACCAGGGCAACCUUCUGGGCACCUUCUGUGGCCGCAGUGCCCCACCACCUUUUGCUUCUGCCUGGCACGUCAUGGCUGUGGUCUUCCGCUCUGACCGGCAUGUGGCCAAGCGUGGCUUUGCUGCCACCUACCACAAAGAUGCAUGUGGUGGGCAACUGACGGGGCUGUCUGGGGAGAUCGCCAGCCCGCAGUACCCCGAGAGCUACCCCAAUGACGCAGAGUGCCGCUGGAGCAUCAGGGCAACUGAUGGCCCCCUCACUCUGAUCUUUGCUGACUUCCAAGUAGAGGGCGGCCAAGGCUGUGGCUUUGACUACGUGGCUCUUUUUGAUGGUCCCACUGCUGCUGCUCCCCACCUGGGUCGCUACUGCGGUAGCACCCGCCCGCCCCGCAUCAUCUCCUCUACCCAACAUCUCUUCAUCCUCUUCAAAUCGGACUUCAACAUCGUGGGCAGGGGCUUCAAGGCCCGUUUCUACUCAGGUGAAUGCCAGGAAGUCUACACCACCAUCAAGGGAAAUUUCUCCAGCCCUCACUACCCCAACUUCUACCCCAACAACCUCCAGUGUCAGUGGAGCAUCCAGCUACCCCCAGGCUACCGGAUCAAAGUCUUCUUCUUGGACCUGGAGCUGGAGGCUCGGAGCAGCCUGACCAGCGGCUGUGACUAUGACCGCCUGGAUGCCUUUGAUGGUGGAGCUGAGAACGCUUCCCUGCUGGGGACAUGGUGUGGGAGGGAGAGCCCAGCGCCUCUCACCUCCCGCAGCCAUCAGCUGCUGCUGGUGCUCCACACAGACCGCAGCACGGCCAAGCGGGGCUUCUCCCUUGCCUACGUUGGAGUCGUACCCAUGAACAUCAGCUGCACGCGGACGGACUUCCACAUCCAGAUCCCCGUGCAGGCCCUGGCUCAGCUGCAGAGGAACAAGGUGUACUUGGGGAUGCCCUCCUGCGUGGCUCAAGUGAUCGGUUCACACUUCAGGAUACACACCAGGUUUGACACAUGCGGUGCUGAGUCUCAGAGACGAAACAACACAUCCGUCAUUGUCAGCACGCUCUACAUCGACUUCUCGGUGGGUGACCAGGAGGACAUCCACCGGUACGAGGUGCAGUGUGAGCCCAAGAGGAAGGAAGCCUCCGUGUCCCUCGUUGCUGGCCCCGACCCACACAGGCUGAGCCAGGCAGAAAAUAUGGUGGACGUGAAGCAGAGAGGGGUGGGAGCGAUGGAUGCCCACGAAACCAAGAGCCAGGACACCAGUGACAUCGUCUUCAUCAGCAUCUGCAUUUUGGCUGGGCUGCUUAUGGUCAUUGCUGUGGUUGGGCUUGUGCUGCUGUAGCAAACUCAAGUUGGAAACGUGGUCCCCAAAACCACCCUUGCCCCAAGUUUAGUGCUAACACAACUGCUGAAAUGGAGAUGGUGAAACAAAGCCCGAGCCAACCUCCACCUCCCACGCCUGAGAUCUGGGUGGUAGGCAGCCAUUUUCCUUCCCAUCAGUUUUCCUCUGUCUCUCAAUCUGUCCAUUUGGCUCAGGAAUGCACUUCUUAUGCUCUGUAACUAUUCCCACACCUGCUUCAAUUUGUUUUCCCGCUGGUGCCUCUACUUUCGGGAAAGUAACGCUGUUUGCUGAUGGCUGGAAGUAAUCCUGUCAACUGCUGAAUUCCUGAACAUAGCAACUACCCCCAAAUAUAGCAAUAUUUGUAACAAA